UCGAAGCAACACUGUACUGGACAAACUAAACAAGCUCAUGGUGCUGGCAGAAACACCUCGGGAAGAGACUACUAAAACAGUCUAUAUAACUGAUACGGGGUUGCAAGUAGAUUCUGCAAACCUGGCAGCUCCCCAGAUGGAGAUAGCAACCAGAGUCAUCCUGCUCCUCUUGCUAUCAGCUGGCAUUGGUGUAGCACAAAAUGCUUCUGGAGGAGGAGCACAUGAGGUCCAUGUUGGAGUUAUCCUUGACUUGGGGUCCUUGGUCGGCAAAAUAGCAAUUACCAGCAUUUCAUUGGCUCUAGAGGACUUCUAUGCUGCCCACCAGAACUAUAGCACAAAGCUUGUUCUCCACAUCAGGGAUUCCACGAGUGAUGAUGUCCAGGCUGCAGCUCAAGCUCUUGACUUGCUGGAAAAUUACAAAGUAGAAACUAUCAUUGGUCCUGAGAAAUCUUCACAAGCUAUAUUUAUCUCAGACCUCGGAACUAAAAGUCAUGUUCCAAUCAUCUCGUUCACUGCAACAAGCCCAACUCUAUCCCCUAGCAGUCUUCCAUAUUUUGUCCGAGCAACACUAAAUGACUCAGCACAAGUGAGCUGCAUUGCCUCAACUAUCAAGGCAUAUGGAUGGAGAAAGGCGGUGCCUAUCUAUGAAGACACUGAAUAUGGCAGAGGUAUCAUACCAUACCUUAUCGAUGUCCUCCAAGAAGAUAGUGUGCAUGUUCCUUACCGCAGUGUGAUUCCUCAGUCAGCAACUAGUGAACAAAUUACCAAAGAACUAUACAAGUUAAUGACAAUGCAAACAAGGGUCUAUAUUGUGCACAUGUCCUCGGCGUUGGCCUCCACCCUCUUCAUAAAGGCAAAAGAAGUAGGAAUGAUGAAAAAAGGAUAUGUAUGGAUCAUAACCGGUGGAGUAACCAAUCUCAUAGAUUCUCUGCAUCCUUCUGUCGUGGAAUCAAUGAACGGUGCCUUGGGUAUCCACUUUUAUGUUCCCAAAUCAACAGAACUGAACAACUUCACUACAAGGUGGAAUAUUAGGUACCAAAUUGACAACCCGACUGAUCCACUGCCGAAAUUGAACAUAUUUGGACUCUGGAACUAUGAUACAAUCUGGGCAGUAGCACAAGCUGCGGAAAAGGUUGGACUUGCCAAUGCCACAUUUCGAAAACCAGUAUCCAAACAAAAAUCAACAGACUUGGAAGCCUUGGAAACAUCUAGUAAUGGUCCAGAACUCUUGAAGGAAAUCUUGCAGAGUAAAUUUAUAGGUUUGAGUGGCAGGUUUGACCUUUCAGAUAGGCAGCUUGCUGUUUCAACAUUUCAAAUAAUAAAUAUAAUUGGGAGAGGAUGGAGAGAAAUUGGAUUUUGGAAAGCACAAAAUGGACUUUCACGGAGAUUAAAUCAAUCACAAUCAACAACAAACUUACUGCCAGAUCUUAAUCCUGUGAUCUGGCCAGGAGAAUCCAUAGACAUACCUCGAGGCUUUGAGGUUCCUGCAAGUGGGAAGAAACUUCGAGUUGGUGUACGCUCAAGUGGAUAUCAACAAUUUAUAAAGGUUGAGAAGGAUCAAUUCACAGGUGCAACUAAAGCAACUGGGCUUUCAGUGGAUGUAUUUGAAGAGGCAGUAAAGAUACUUCCAUAUGCAGUGCCUUAUGAAUAUGUAUUAUUUGGUUCUCCAGAGGAUACAAGUAGUGGAAGCUAUGAUGAUUUUGUCUAUCAAGUUCAUCUUAAGGUAUACGAUAUAGUAAUUGGAGAUAUAACAAUCAGGUAUAACCGAACUUUCUAUGCUGACUUUACUGUGCCAUACACAGAAUCAGGGAUAGCAAUGGUGGUUCCUGUGAAAGACAGUGUAAAAAAGAACACAUGGAUUUUCUUGAAGCCACUAACACCUGGCAUGUGGCUAGGGAGCAUUGUGUUCUUUAUCUACACUGGUGUAGUGGUAUUAUCAUUGGAGUUUCUAGGCAACAACAAGCAUGUCCGUGGAACAAUUCCCAGACAGCUGGGAAUUAUGAUAUUUUUCCCCCUAUUUGAAGAGAAAGAGAUUGUGGAACGCCUUUUAUCUCGGAUAGUGAUGAUUGUAUGGCUGUGUUUUCUUCUGGUAGUUACAUCAAGUUACACAGCAAACUUGACAUCAAUGUUGACUGUACAACAGCUUCAACCUACUGUAAAUGAUAUCCAAGAACUACUAAAACGUGGAGAAAUUGUAGGAUACCAUCGUGGCUCAUAUGUCAAGGGACUUCUGGAAGAACUCGGUUUUGAUAGAUCCAAGAUCAAGCCCUAUGAUACCCCUGAUGAUUUUCAUAAUGCACUUUCAAGAGGAAGCAGCAAUGGUGGUAUUGCUGCCCUCUUGCAUGAAGUUCCAUACAUUAAAUUGUUCCUUGCAAACCACUGCAAAGGUUACACUAUGGUUGGACCAAUUUAUAAGGCUGCAGGUUUUGGAUAUGCACUUGCAAAGGGAAAUCCUCUACUUGGUGACAUCUCAAAGGCAAUGCUCAAUGUAACAGGGGGAGAUACUAUGGUUCAAAUUGAGAAAAAAUGGAUGGGAUACCAAAAUGACUGCCAGAAUGUGGGUCCUGUCACAGGUUCAAGCAGCCUCACCUUUGCCAACUUUAGGGGACUAUUCAUCCUAACUGGAGCUGCUUCAACUUCUUCUCUUUUUAUAGCAUUGAUAAUUUAUGCCUACAAGAAGCAGCAUAGGUCAACAAAACUCAUGCAAAAUGAUAACAAGCAAGUAGGAAAAAACAGAACAGAUGAAGAAAAUAAUGAGCCUCAAGAAGGAAAUCAAGGAGUAGUAACUGAGGAAUGUGUCCAGUUUAGUGGAGAUGGGGAAGAAAACCAACGGCUGCAUGAGCAAACUGGUUCAGAACAGGUGUAUGACAGAAAUCCAAACACAAGCACAGCUGCUUGCGAUGGUUCGGCUGCCAUUCGCAGGGGUCAACCAAGCACUGUUUUGCAAGCAGAAUCCACGUGAAGUUGAGCUUAUUUUAUCUACUAGCUUGCAAUGAUCUGAGUCCCAAAAGCCAAUGAACUCACCAAAUCCUAGGAGUCAAGAGGUUUUUUGUUAACAGCCUGUCAAGAGCUGAUUACCCAACUUGCAAGUGAAUAAAGUUGCAUUUUCAUGGUUUGGACUGUUA